AUGAGUUCGGCUAGAUCAUCCCUAAUCGCAACAAGUACCGUUUCUUCAACGUCUCCUAGUUCUAGUGGAGCAUAUGUUGAUUGUGGACCACCGCCAGCAUGCCCGCAAUGUGCCAGUGGUGAAAUCUGUGUCAUGACAGAAUUAACACGUACGCAGUGUUCGACCACCAUAUGCAUCAGAAACUCUUCCAGUGGUGGUAGUCAGUCAUCACGAUCGAAUAGUAGGCUGAUUGGUGGUGUCGUCGGAGGUGUCGUCGGUGGAGUAGCUGUAUUAGUGGCACUUCUAUUAUUCUUCCUCUACCAUAGGUUUUGGAAAGGAAAGUUGCGUGAAAGAUCAGACAGGCUAAACUCGAAUAGGUCUGUAUACCAUGACGAGGGACUGUUUGAAGAUGAUGAUUAUGAUGAUGAGGACGAUGAAGAUGAUGAAGAUGAUGAGGACAGUGAAGAAGGUAUCCGGGGACGAACCGAGAAUAAUCAUGCGAACUACAAGAGGCCAAUGAUGGACACAGCAUCUAAUGUAGGUGAUCGGAACAGUACGGUCACUAUACAAACGAGAGCAUCUAAUAUUCUACCUAUUGCGUAUAUCCCUGGUGUCACGAACGGAAGUGGUACGAUGUCCGGGUCAGGAUCUGGAGGGUUAUCAUCAAGACUAUUCCGUGGUCUCAAUACUUCUAAUUUGCACAGUGUUGGAGAUAUGCGAUCUCAUAUCACUCUAGGAUCAUCUAUUUUAGGUGGUUUAGAUGAUGACGAUGAGGAACCGGAGAAAACAGAAAAAACAAUACCACUUGGAUCGUCAGCCAAUGAGAAAACCUCUGAGAAUUUAACCACAGCUAUUAGGGCGAAACCAAAAUUAGUACAGAUUGCCGAAGAAGACGGUGAUGACGAGAGAAAGGCAGAGAAUCCCGUACAAGAUUUUGAAUUAUCUGAAAAACAACCAGAAGAUAGCUUAGCAUCUGAAAGCAAAGAGGACCGUCUCAGCUCAACUCAACUGCUCGAUGAGGUAGAACAAGCUGAUGAUGGGCAUAAACAGGAGCAAGGUCACAACAAUAGCGAUGAUAACGAUCGCCAUACUCUUGAUACCAUCGAAAUUGCUGCUGAGGAAGGCGAUGAUGAUGAUGAUGAUGAUGAUGAUGAUGAUGGAAGUUUUAUCUUGGACCUGACAAUUCCGGAUUCCAUACAUCAUAAACCCAGUAUCAAUACAUCGACCGUCGAUGAUCACCACAACCAGGAUGAGGACUCUGGCAGCCCUUUCGAAGAUAAGUUUAGGAUCGAUGUUGAUCUAUAG